GGGAAAAAAGUGUGUUUGAAAGCAUACACGUUUUUUGGAUGGUGAGAAUGUUUCAUUCCCCUCACAAACAACCACAGAACCACAAGUGCGGUGCGAGCGCUUUACCCAGGACGAGCGCAAGGAGCCACUGGGGCGUAAAUGGUUAAUCGGCGCGGGUCAACCCCACUCCCAGAGACCCGACAAGUCAUUUAGCACUUCAAGGGUCACGGCGACCUCGAAAGGAGACGUUAUCUGGCGAGGAUAUAACCGAGUGUGGCGAUGGCAUCUAACAGCCUUUUCAGCUCGGUCACUACGUGUCAGCAAAACUUCUUCUGGGAUCCGAGCAGCAGCAGGAGGUUCAGCCCGCCGUCCAACGGGGUGCAGGCUCUGCCCGGGAAAGCGGCGGAUGCGAGCGCGGCGGGAGCGACACAGCACGAAGCGAACACGGCGACGGCGGCGGUGCCCACGAGACUGCGCGCGCACGACAACCGCACCAUGGUGGAGAUCAUCGCCGACCACCCAGCCGAGCUCGUGCGCACCGACAGUCCCAACUUCCUCUGCUCCGUUCUGCCGUCUCACUGGAGGUGUAACAAAACCCUGCCGGUCGCGUUCAAGGUUGUUGCGCUGGGGGAUGUUCCUGAUGGAACAGUGGUAACAGUUAUGGCAGGAAACGAUGAGAACUACUCGGCAGAGCUGCGGAAUGCCUCUGCCGUCAUGAAGAAUCAAGUGGCACGCUUUAACGACCUGAGGUUCGUCGGGAGGAGCGGGCGAGGGAAGAGCUUCACUCUGACAAUCACAGUAUUCACCAACCCUCCUCAAGUGGCCACUUACCAUCGAGCCAUAAAGGUCACAGUGGACGGACCACGAGAACCAAGGAGACAUAGGCAGAAGUUGGAGGACCCUCCAAAAUCAGGGUUGUUCUCCGAGCGCCUGAGUGAACUAGAGCGCCUGCGCCACAGCACCAUGAGGGUCGCCGUGCCCACACAGAGCCCCCGGCCGUCUCUCAAUACUGCAGGAAACUCCUUCAGCCCACAGGGACAGACACAGAUCUCAGACCCACGGCAGUCUCAGUCGUCUCCACCGUGGUCAUACGAGCAGCCAUACACGCCCUAUCUGAGCCAGAUGACUUCUCCUUCCAUCCACUCCACCACUCCACUCUCUUCCACCCGAGCCACGGGCCUGCCCGCCAUCAGUGAUGUACCCAGACGUCUCUCAGGUACGUCAGAUCUGAGCCCCUUUGCAGCCGACCCACGCCAGUUCGAGCGCCAGUUUCCCAGCCUGUCCUCUCUUACCGAGACACGAUUCUCAAGUCCCAGGAUGCACUACCCUGCCACAUUCACUUACACACCAACCCCUGUGACAUCGGGCAUGUCUCUAGGCAUGUCCGGCACCACCCACUACCACACCUACCUGCCACCUCCAUACCCUGGUUCCACUCAGAACCAGAGUGGGCCUUUCCAGACCAGCAGCACGCCGUAUCUUUACUAUGGCGCUUCUUCUGGCUCAUAUCAAUUCUCCAUGGUGCCGGGAGGGGACCGCUCUCCGACGAGGAUGCUGCCACCGUGCACCAGCGCAUCAACGGGCAUCAACCCCAACCUGACAGCUCAGACUGAAGGCACCGAGGCCGACGGCAGCCACAGCAGCUCGCCCACUGCUCUCAAUUCUAGUGGGCGGAUGGACGAGUCCGUGUGGAGGCCAUAUUAAAAAGGGGCAGCCAUAAUUGAAGGGGUUACACAGGUCAAAGUAGCAAUGCUCACAAGCUACGCAAAUCUAGGUGGUAAUGGCCCUUAAGGAAUUGGUUUCUAAGCACAAAUGCUACAAAUUUUGAAUCUUGAGUUCAGAAAGCAGUGGAACUUUAGUACUUUAAUUUACAUUAGUCCAGGCAUUAUUGUGAGCUAUCUGAUGUUCCACUGCACAAGCAGCGAGAGCCUUACAGGAGCUCUGUUGCUGAACUGAACCAGUAGAAGAACUUUUAUUGUAUUAGAUAUGCAUUUUCCCAGACUAUUGACUGAGACUGUUUUCAUACUAACUCAGUGUAUUUUAGAUUUUUUUUUUUUACACUGAACAUCUUUUUUGUUGUUGUUGUUUAAUUUAUGAGUGAAAAGUCAAAUAUAUUAGACGGUACCUGAUUAUGUACAUGCCCUCAGAUCUUCUUAAUUUAUGUAUAAAAUUGUAGCAGAUAUGGUACUAAGAAGCAAUAUAAGCCAUAUAAACCGUAAAUUAUGCAAAGUGGUUAGAGGGACAAAAUUAAAGACGCUUGAAUAAUAUUUUGGGAAUGAUUAAUAACUUAAUUAUAUAUUUACUCCUUAGUAAUUAAAAAUGUUUUUUUUUAUCUUUACUGUAAGACAAACACAUAUCCAAUAUGUAAACAAUGAAGGAAAGAUGUCAGAUUCAGAUCAAUUUGUUUGUUUGUUUUUGUUUGUUUGUUUGUUUGUUUGUGCUUGGGUUGUUGCUUUCUUCCCGCAUACAGAGGGAGGGGCAGUUUGUUUAAAAAUUGAGGGGCACUUGCAAAGUUAAUAUUGUCUUGAAUUGUGUGAAACAUUUAUUUACAUCUAUGUGACAUAUUCCGCUCGCAGUUCUUAUCCUGACUUUGUUUAUCCGAUGUUUUAUCAAGUUAAUUUAUUUUUUCAACUUUUCUUUUAUUUAAUGAUAUUGGGUGACUAUAAGCAAGACCAAUAGCAUGCACCGGUUGUCUCACUCUUUUUCAUGUUCACAAGAAACUGUGUUCAGGCUGCCUAUAUUUCUUUAGUUUACAGCACCCUAACAAUCACAAUACAUUGUUAAGAUCGUCAGCUCUCAACAGAUGUACGAUAUACACAAUCAAUAUGAGGAAUCGGCCUUUAAUACUUAACUGGACCAUUAACUGUGCAUCUAUGAGGUCAGGUGAACACUAUGCAAAAAUAUGUCUAAAAAUCUUUUUUUAGAAAAAUAUCAAAAGGAUCGCAUUUUGCUUUUGUGCAGGUAUACAUCCCAAAAAUUUCAUUUCAUCACAAGUGGAAAAAAUGUACAUCAGAUAUUGCAGGUAAUUUACUAGAAUACGUUAGAAUUUAACUUAUUAUAUUUCAUAAUGCAAAUUUCAAAGAUAUUCCAGCAUACAGACAAUCGCCACUUUUACCUAAAUUACAUACUUCAUACUGUUAGUGUUUUUGUUUCUAUUUGUAAUUCUAAAGUUAUUUAUUGCUUGGUGUGAACCAUGAUCUUCAAAAAUUUUUUUUUUUUUUUUUUUUUUUUUUACGAGAUUUAAUCACGGUCUUUGAAUAUGUGUGUGCGUGUGUUUUUCGCUUCAAACAACACGUGAUACUUCAUUUGUAAAUUGUAACUUAAGAGGCUGCGGGCAGCACCCUGGGAAACCAAUGUAAUGUUUUUUUGGUUUCAUCUGGAUCAAAGCACUUCUUUUAUUUUCUUUUUGUCUUUGCUUGGUUUUGAAUAAACCACCGAUGCCAUGGGGAAAAGGGAACAGCUAAACAGCCAAUCACAAAAGUCAUCACUUUGAGUAGGUACAGAACUCGAGCUAGAUUGAGUUUACAAGUAAUAUGAAAAAACACACACAGAUCAGCUCACUCCAAUAACGCAACUAAGCAAUAUUUGAUCCUCUUGUAUGUGUGGGUGUGUUACAGUACUGCUACAAUAUUAAUCAGGGUUUGAACUUGGGAAUAAACUGGACUGACUGUUAGUAAGAGCACAAAAAUAUCACUCUGGCUCAAAGUGAUCGUACAGUUUUCCAGCAUCUGCUUUUCAAUCGGAUUCCUUGUUUUCUUUAAAGACUGUCGUCUUUUGGCUGUGUGAAGAGCGAACAUGUUUACAAUACUGCAAAAGACUUAAAGAACCUCUGCACUGUUACAAUGAUUAAAUUUUUUCUGAUAACUGCUUUAUGCCAGUAAUGAAUAAUACCAAAACGUUGACUUGUUCUGUCUGAAUUAUAGGUUUUAGUGAUAUUGCAAAGUCUCGCAAGCGAGUUUGGGCUUGCAUCAAAUAGCUGACAAAUGUGUGGCUUGUGUCAGAGCCCCGAGCUUUAUGAAUGGCCUAGCGAGUAAUGUUAAUCAAAAGCUGUGGUCAGCAAAUCCACUGCUGGAGUCGGUUCCAGGUUUUUUUCAUCUCCGAGUGAAAUCCAGCACACUUGGAGUUGACUGAUUGGCGGCGUUCACAGCUUUGAGGUCUUCGGGGGUCACUUGUGUUUCAUAACUAACCAAAAAUGAAUUUUUCCUCUCUGAUUAAGAGACCUAGCAAAGGAGAGGCCUGCGUGCUGAGAAAAAGGAAUAAGUCCCAGCCAGUAGAUUCAGAUUAGCCUGUUGAACGUAGCAAACGCAGAAUUUGGCACGAUACUGUAUGUUAGAAUGUCUAUCAAAUCCAGUGUUUUGCUAGUAACGUUCUGGAAAUGAACCCUUUUAUACAUACAGUAAAUAUGCAUUGUUUUGAAUAACUUUCAUAGACUUUUUUUGUAAACUGCUGCAAAACAUUGUUUCAUUUUACAAUUGCUUUCCAUGCACAUACUGUACAGAUUUUUAUGUCUAGUCAAUCAGUCACCCUGGUUUCCAGUUUCACACCUUUUCAUCUGUUGGCCUCAUUUAUUUGUGAAACUUCCAGCAGUUUCUGUAGGACUUGCAGGUCCUGUAAAAAAAAAUAAAAAAAAAAUCGAUUGUGAGAUUGUGUUAAACAUUUCUAAUGAUUGUAUCAUUGGUCUUGGAAAAUAAAGAGAAAGAUUUUGUUAA